AUGCCAUUCGACGCCUCCCACCCAGCCGUCCAAACCGCGUGCGGCCAUGUCUUUGGCAAGGUGUGCAUGAUCUCUUGGCUCCAAACCCGCAGCAGCAAAUCGGGCGGCGUCAAGCGCGGCAACUCCUGUUCGAUGUGCCGCCACGUCCUCUUCUCCACCACCGAGGACGGCAAAAUAAUCACCGAGGCCGAUGGCUUACCUACGGAGCCGCAGCCGCAGUCGUCUGAGCCCAUGAUGACGCCGCCAUCGCCGCGCUCAUGGCAGAUGCGCAUCUCCGCCUCGACGCAGCCGCCGCCAGGUUCAAGCGGUACUGGAACCUCCGAGACGCCCAUAUUGACCUCGAGAAGCUUUUCACCGCCAUCAGCGACAUCACGCUCUACCAGGGCGUGGUGCUGCGUGGUGCUGCGUGGCGCCCGCCGCGCGCAGUACCCAGACGCGGAGUUCCUGGGUACCAGGUGA